UGGACCGCAGAUUCUUCUUAAUCAGUCAGUUUCCUCAUCCUCUUUGCAUCCUCCGCGCCCUCGCGCUGAUACUUGUAAUCAAUCAACUCAUCAGCAUGGUCUUCGCAUGGAGCUGCUAGCUGCAGAGUCACAGAGCCCAAUUGUUGAGCUCGAAAUGCCACGUGUUGUAUGAUCGUUACAUGCUAACUGCUCAGAGUGAGUGAGGCGCUUCUUUGCGGCUUUAUGUCCUUUUCAGCUCCAAGCUUCACAUGGAGAUGGAUCACCCAGCAAAUAUGCAGUAUACAGUAUAUGGAUAUGCUAUGAACAUGUAGUCUCCCUCUUCUCUCACACACACACCCAGAUACGUACACACAAAAAUGGAGCUAUUCUCAUCACAGCAAUGGCUAGCACUUCUACCUCCGAUCAUCCUCUGUAUCCUUCUGUUCUCCUAUGUGUAUAUCAUUCUAUGGCUAAGACCAGAGCGGUUGAGGCAGAAACUGAGGAGCCAAGGAGUGAGGGGUCCCAAGCCUUCUUUUCUCUUUGGAAACAUACCAGAGAUGAGGAGAAUCCAGCAAUUGGCCAAGUCAGCACAUGAACAAGAAGCAGGGAGUACCGACAUGUUUUCAUCAAAUUAUGUGGCAACUCUUUUCCCUUACUUCCUCCACUGGAGCAGGGUUUAUGGUUCCAUCUACCUGUAUUCCACUGGAAGCAUACAAGUUUUAAAUGUUACUGAUCCAAACAUGGUGAAGGAGCUAGCCAACUGCAAAUCUUUGGAUCUUGGAAAACCUUGCUACUUGCAAAAAGAGCGUGGAGCUCUUCUUGGUAUGGGAAUUCUGACAUCAAAUGGUGAUCUAUGGGUACACCAGAGAAAAGUGAUUGCACCUGAACUAUUCAUGGAAAGGGUUAAGGGAAUGGUGAAUUUGAUGAUGGAGGCUGCAAUGUCAAUGUUGAACUCAUGGAAAAAUGAAGUUGAGGACAGAGGAGGCAGUGCAGAGAUUGUGGUUGAUGAGUUCUUGAGAACCUUUUCAGCUGAUGUCAUAUCAAGGGCUUGUUUUGGAAGCAGCUUUAGUGAAGGCAAGGAGAUUUUCAUAAAAAUACGACAACUUCAGAAAGCAAUGGCAAAACAAAGUAUGCUCAUUGGUGUUCCUGGAAGUAGGUAUUUACCAACAAGGAGCAAUAGAGGGAUCUGGAAUCUGGAUAGUAGCAUCCGUACCCUCAUUUUAAACAUAUCAAAGAAAUAUGAACAUGAUUCAUCGACCUCAGUAAACAAGGAUCUCCUGCACUCCAUUAUUCAAGGUUCUAAGGAUGGUCCCUUUGCUUCAUGCACGCCCGAGGAUUUCAUCGUCGACAACUGCAAAAACAUCUACUUCGCAGGGCAUGAGACAACUUCGACCACGGCUGCUUGGUGUUUGAUGCUUCUAGCUUCACACCAUGAAUGGCAGUCCCGUGCCCGGGUGGAAUCCCUUGACAUUUGUCAAGGGAGACCACUAGAUUUUGACAUUCUACGGAAGUUGAAAAAGCUGACAAUGGUGAUCCAGGAGACACUCCGAUUGUACCCACCAGCCUCCUUCGUCGCCCGGGAAGCUCUGAAUGACAUGAAACUUGGCGGCAUCGACAUACCGAAAGGAACUAACAUCUGGAUCCCGAUCGCGAUGGCUCACCGGGAUCCUUCAGUAUGGGGUCCUAGUGCCGACAAAUUCGAUCCGGACAGGUUCGCCAACGGCAUAGCAGGGGCCUGCAAACCCCCUCAUAUGUACAUGCCCUUCGGCGUUGGGGUCCGGACAUGUGCCGGCCAGAAUCUAGCCAUGGUUGAGCUCAAGGUUGUUCUGUCACUCCUGCUGUCCAAGUUUGAAUUCAAGCUUUCUCCAAACUAUGUGCAUUGCCCUGCGUUCAGACUGACCAUCGAGCCUGGGAAAGGUGUUCCAUUAAUUUUUAGAGAGCUCUGACUUGAGAUUCUUGAAGGUUAUAUAAAUGUUUCCCUUUUCCCCUUGUUAUAUUUGUUUGGUAUGUGUUUGCAACAAUGCUGCAACUCGAGUGUAAACAGUAGUAUAUUCUACAGUAUGCAAUUCUGUACACCGAUUGAAGUGUUACUUAUUUGUGGAAUGAAACUUUUACUUCUCGUCUGUCAA